ACAAUAUAGGUAUAUAAUAUUAUGUAUACGUUGCAUGCGUACUACCGCCGCCGUCGUCGCCGUCGUCGCCGUGCCAGUCAGCCGCCCGAGUACUGCGCUACUGCCCGAGCCCGAACAAUCGUCUCGUGAAUUCGGCCGAGUGCACACGCGCGUCACUCUCUCAUAGUCCUGGCCCCGUGUCUCGUCGCCGACCCUCCCCGCCCCCCCGAAAUUUCGUCAAAAAUUCGAGAUUGACGACGAUCGUAAUUUCACGGCGGGGCUACAAGAGUGCGGACGUCGAAUUCGCGAACGUGAAUAUAGGCACGCCGAAUACACCUAAAAUACUACCCCCGGUCCCAUACUACACCUGCAGUCAUCACACUAUCUGCCCGCCAACAACAUUAAUAUAUUUCCGGCCACCUACUCUCUGCACAGAAUGACACCCACAAUACAAUGUUUUGAAGACCAAUCAAUGCAAAUACCACCUGCUUCGGUUCUACACAAUAAUUUAUUUUUUCAAGAAAACCACCACCAGCUGACAUCCGCCACCGAUAGAACGAACUCAAGGCCUGAUGUUCGAACUAACCAUCAAUGGACCCCUUGUCUAAGGAAUCGAAAUUCAACGUUUAGCAAUAAAAGAAAUACCUCCUACGCUUCAGCAUUAAAGCCGGAUGACAUGAAGAGGUUACUGCGACGGGAUAACGGAUCACCCUCAUCAUCAGAUGUGGAGGCGGUGGCAGCGGUAACCGAAGAGCAAUUGAACGCAAUACGCAAGAGACAAGCCCUGUUGCUAGUUGCCAUCCAGACGAUGACGCUGUUUCACCACAACCAAAUAUUGGAGCACAAGCUGUCUGCGUUACACCGGAAAGUGGUGCAGUUUCAGAACAGACAAAGGCAAAGGAACGUCAGAUCAGCCGCUGCUGAGGAAUAGUAGUUUGUCAUCGUACCUAUAUGAUGAGGAGGAAGAGAAGGAGGAGAAUGUCACUGCAGUCACAUCGAGUUGAUUUUUAGUCUAAUUUCGGUAAAACAGACAACACACACACAAACACACACAUACCACUCGCACAUAAGAUAAGGAAUUAUUGUAUAUAUAGGUCGAUUAUAUUAUAAUUUUAUUUAUUUAGGUAUUCAUUUAAAUGUUAUUAUUAUUAUUAUUAUAAGUAGUAGUAGUAGUAGUAUAGGUAUUCGUUUAUAUUAUAAUUAUUAUAGUUUAUACCAUGCGACGGUGUUAACUGUUAAGUAUUAAAUAUAAUUGUGGUCUAUAAUAUAUUGUACAUAGGUAUGUUUAUGUUAUAGAAACAUCGGGUAGAGACAAAUAUCCUCCAACACUACUAUACGCGCGUACCAGUGAUAUUUAUAACGAACAAAUUACAUUUUAAUUGCUAAAUUAUUUUGUAUUACUAUUUAAUAAUCUAGACUGAACUAAAUGUGUAAUAAACCAAAUACCAAUGAGCAUUUAUAAGUUAGGAUAUUCUGAUAGGCGCAUCGCCGUCUUGGCCGUAGCUACUCCUGGGAUUUAAUCGUUAAAUUCCAAUUUUCAAUAUUGUAUAUUAUGGUACCUACUACCUAUAUAUAAUAUAUCUAAUAUACGUCUUAUUCUUAAAUAAUUAUAAAUAAUAAUAAAAGAAAAAAAUGGUUGUGAGUAUGGAAGUUACCUCCAAAGAUUUAUAAUGCGAUGCAGAUAGAUACAUAGUAGUGGAAUUGUGUGAUCCAGAAAUACCGAGCAUAAUCUGUUUGUGUACUGUUCAAUCUAAAUGGACCUGAAGUUGUAUAACCCUAUCGUUUCAUUUCCGUUGUCGCACGCUAUCAAGUUGUAUUUUUAUUUUUUGCUCAUUACGGGUUUAGAUUGUUUUUAAAAUUGAAUAAAUACCAUAUUAUAAAAAUAUAAACAAAAGUCGGAGUGUACUCUUAUGUAUAUAAUUCUAAAUCUUUUGUUAAGACAAUUUAUUUUUUAUUAUAUAGUUUGGAAUUUAAAGAGAAAAUUUAUAGAAGUAUAUUAUUAUGAUAGGUUAUUAUUUAUUUAAGUAAAAAUUAAGAUGUACUUAGUAUAAUUAUGUGAAUAUUUUAAGAAAGACCUAAUUGUAUUUAUUUAUUUUUUGCUUUAAAAUUGUAUUACACUUAUCAAUACAUAUAAAUUUUACCAAAAAAAUGUUAUACCAAUGUGACCCACAGGAAAGUAAGAAUGUUGAAUGACAAUCAAACAAAAUUGAAACAUACUACCAAAAAAAAAUGUAUAAUCCAAUGACAACACUGAUAACUUAGACUUUAGACAAUCAUACCUACAUCAGUUUCCGACUUGCAUAUCAUCCAAAAUUAAGUUUUAAAUUGUUUUUCUCUUGUACAGAUCUAAUUGACAAGUAUAAAAGGCUUGAUCGAGGGUUACUAUAACAAUAAUGUUAUAAUGAUUAUUGUUUGAUUUAUAUUUUCAAAGCCUCACUAUAUUCAAUAUAAUUAAUAACCUGUCAUAUAUAAGUCAACAAAUGGUAUCAUUGUAUGAUAUAAAUAUAUUACAAUUUAUUUGAUGUCUGUAUAAUAUUAUAAUGUGUUAAUGUUACUUAAAAAAAUAAUAUUAUUGGUAAAUUGUAUAGCGUAAUUGGAUAUGGGAAUAACUGAUUUAGUAUUAUUAUGAUAAGUAUGUAAGGAUAGAAAUAUUGUAAAUAAAAUAAAUAAAUUAAUAAAACUGUUCCUUGAUAUAUAAUUCUAAAUAAAUGAUAUUCAAAAAUAAAAAUAAAAUAGAAACAAUAGAUAUAAUCAAUAUUAUUACAUUUAAAUAAUAUAAUAAUAUGAGUGUUUGCUUAAUAGAGUACUUGAAUAUUAUAUAGAUGUUUGCAGUAAUAAUAAAGUAUGAAGGCAAUUUUAAUUGGUCUCUGGAGUAUAAGAGAAUAGUAUCAACAUCACCCACAAAUGAAGUAUCACCUGAAAAAUUGGUUGCAUGUAUUAAUAUAGAUAAUGUAGGUAUAUAUAUUUUAAAAACAAUUACAACUCUGUAAUAAAAUAUUUUCAAUACUGUAUGCCUAUUAAAAUUGGUUAAGAGGAUCAUACAGGCAGUAUAUGUUAUCUCCAUCUUAAAUAAGUUAAAUUUGCACUCAGCAGUCAUCAGAAUACAUUUUGUGUUGUUGGUUUUAAUAUUACAGAAAAUGUAGGAUUUACCUAAUAUUUUACAUUAGAUAUUAAAUCUUAAAAUAUUAUAACUAAAAUCUUACUUAAAAUAUUAUAAAAAAAAAACAAAUGUACAAACACAGAAAAUGAUCUUUAAGUUUGAUAUUAGGUUAAUUUACUGUUAUAUUAAAACUAACAAGACAAAUGGAUUCAGCUGAAUCCAAGUUUGCUAUGUUUGUCAGACAAAGACAACACGGCCACUUAACAGUUUUCAUUGUUUUUUUUUAUAUUAACUUUAAAGAAACAUGUACAUUACUAUUAAAAAAUAAUAUAAUAUAAAACGCCCACAUAUUUUUAAUAUACAUUUUAGAAAGAAAAAUAUUUGUGUAUUUCUGUAUUUGUACAGAAGUAUCAAUCAUUAUGUUAAAUUGUAAAUUGUAAAGUGUAAAUAGAAAAUAUGAAUUAAUCAAAGCUGUUUAUUAUUAAUUUGUUAUUAUUGUUGACAAUAUCUUGUGCUUUUAAACUGUUAAUAAAUAUUACAUGACAGAAAAAAUUAAACUAGUUUAAAUUGUA